AUGUUCCGAAUUUCCACAAUCACACUGUUGAAGCAGCAACCUGGAAGGUUCCUUUCUUGUCGCACCAUGGCAACCAAAUCACCGGGAGCGAAUCCGUUGGAGGUGAUUAAAAAGGGCUGUCUCCAACGCAAUUUGUGCGAUGAACAUGGAUAUCGACGUCCUGGUCUUCACUGGACCUUUUCGAUUGCCGUCUCUCCGGAUGAUCCAACACAGCCUCCCAAUUUGAGAACCGUGGGUGUCCAACGAGUCUCGGAAGAUGGAAUUGAUUUCAUUAUGAAAAAAGGCGGCGACACGAGUGAUUUCUUGGCAGCGGGCAAGCCCUUGAGCAUACUUCAUUUGCAAGGGCGUUACAUGCCGGGUGAAACUGUGGAACAAUGGCGUGGGGAAGGUGUCUGUGAGACACGUCCCUUGAGUGAGAUUCGGGACAAGUUGCCAACCUACUCGAUUGUGGCCAUGUUGAGUUCCAAGUCCAUUGAACAGGAAAAUGGAGCCCAUGUGGAAGAAUUGAGGGAUGAAGUGUCAGGGAAACGCCUUGCCAUGCAGAAUAAGAGUCACAUGACGGAAAUGAUUCAAUCGACGAGACUGGCAUUGGAAAAUGGAGAAAUUUCUGAUGAAACCGUGGAAGAUUGCAUUCAGCUCUAUCGAUUCAAACCAUCACGCCUGGAAUGCAUGAUUGGUGGACCUGACUCUGUUUUGUGGAAUCGUUGGGAAUGGCAAACGGAUGAAAAAGAUGAAUGGAACCCGGCCAAGUCACUCUUGCCGCAUUGA